AUGGCAAUCUCUCUCUAUCUCCUCCUUACCUUAGUCUCAAUAAUUUUCCUUAAGCUGUUCAAACACUCAAACUCUCAACUUCCUCCGAGUCCUCCAGCGCUUCCAAUCAUCGGAAACUUGCAUCAGCUCGGAGAACUGCCACAUCAGUCUCUAUGGAGACUCUCCAAAAAGUAUGGUCCAGUGAUAUUUAUGAAGCUUGGUACAGUCCCAAUGAUCGUAGUUUCUACUCCUGAUACAGCAAGACAAGCCCUAAGAGUCUUUGACCUGAAUUGUUGUAGCCGUCCAUCAUUAGCAGGUAUACCUUUAACUAAUUACAGUUUCCAUUUUUAUUGCUUAUGGAAACAUAACCGAUGGGUUUCUUCAGGCUCAAGGAAGCUCUCUUACAACUACAAGGACAUCGCUUUCUCUCCAUUUGAUGAUUACUGGAAAGAAGUAAGGAAACUCUCUGUUCAAGAACUCUUUAACAUCAAACGAGUUCAUUCGAUUCAACCCAUCAAAUACGAGGAGAUGAGGAAACUGAUGACUUCAUUCGCUGAAUCAGCCUCAAAGAAAUCUCCGGUUAACUUGAGCGAGAAGCUUCUUUCUUUAACAGCUAGCGUGGUGUGCAGGGCAUCAUUUGGUGUGAGUUUCCAAGACACUGUGCUUGACAGUGAGAGGUUCAACGAGUUAGUUCCUGAGGCACUUGAGAUUUUAGGGAGCUUCUCUGCCUCAGAUUUUUACCCUUAUGUUGGCUGGAUCUUGGAUCGGUUCACGGGUUUACACAAACGUAGAGAGAGAAGCGCACAAGACCUAGAUGCCUUCUGUGAACAGAUGAUUGAUCUACAUCUCAAGAAAAACAAAGAAGAUGAGAAUGAAGAUUUCGUGGACCUUCUCAUGAAGUUGGAAAAGGAAGAAGUUGUUCUUGGACAAGCAAAAUUUACAAGAAACAAUAUCAAAGCACUCCUGAUUAACAUUCUUCUGGCGGGAAUAGAUACUUCUGCAAUAACAAUGACAUGGGCAAUGGCAGAACUCUCAAGAAACCCACGACUGAUGAAGAAAGUUCAAUCUGAAAUCCGAGAAAAAUAUGGAGACAAAGAACUAAUCAGCUUAGAAGAAACUGAGGAGCUAGAGUACAUGAAAAUGGCUUCAAGAGUGAAUGUCUGGGCUAUAGGGCGUGAUCCUGAUGCAUGGAAAGAUCCGGAAGAGUUCAUUCCGGAGAGGUUUAUGGAUAAUAACAUUGAUGUAAAAGGACAGAACUUUGAGUUGUUGCCAUUUGGGAGUGGUCGGAGAAUCUGUCCUGCUGUUUACAUGGGGAGUAAAAUGGUUGAGUUUGGUCUUGCGAAUCUGCUGAAUCGUUUUGACUGGGAGUUACCAGAAGGAAUGGAAUGUGAGGAUAUGAAGAUGGAAGAAGCUCCAGGACUUACUAUUUACAAGAAACAUGAUCUUCUACUUGUUCCUGUUAAGCGUUAA